AAUUAUUUCAAGAACAGUUUUAAAUUUGAAUAAUUCCCGCGUAGUUGUAAAACAAACGCGCAUACGCACUACGUCGAACGAUUUUUUUAGUUCCCGAAAACAUCGCCAGGGAAAAGUUCUUUUGAUCGUGUGAUUUGUGAUGGCUGACACGAAAGUUAAACCUGGAGCAAAAGCUGCCCCGGCAGCCACUCCUGCUAAACCGGGAGAUAAAAAGAAACCCGGCAGGCCUAGGAAUUACGAUUUGGGAAAUGGAGUUUAUCGCUUCAGUAGAACUAAAAUGUUCCACAAGAAGGCGAUAUACAAGUUUUUGGAGAAGAAAACACCAAAAACCGUUAAACCCAAAAAGCCAACCACCGUCGAGAAGAAAAUUGGCGGAGAUAAGAAUGGAGGAACACGUGUCGUUCUGUUGAAGAAGAGGAGAGCAAGUUAUCCUACUUCAGAUCCAGUUUCGGUUCACCACGCUAAAAAAUGCUUCAGGGAUCAUGAUCGUUACCUCAGACCAUCCCUUAAACCCGGAACGAUUUGCAUUCUUGUAGCUGGUCCUCAUAAGGGAAAGCGAGUCGUUUUCUUGAAACAACUGAAGAGCGGACUUCUUUUGGUUACUGGACCUUUCCUGAUCAACGCUUGCCCAUUGAGAAGAACAAGUCAGAACUACGUGAUCGCAACAUCGACAAGAAUCGACAUGUCCGAUGUGAAAGUUCCCGAUACUCUGAAUGAUGAGUAUUUCAAGAGGAAACGCGAGAAGCGUGCGAAGAAAGAGGAGGGCGACAUUUUCAGUAAAAAGAAGGAGGAAUAUAAACCAAAUGAUCAAAGAAAGCAAGAUCAGAAACUUGUUGAUAAACAAGUUAUCGCUGCAAUUAAGAAACAUACAGAUAAGAAAAUGCUUUUUACCUAUUUGUCCGCAAUGUUCGGUUUACGCAGCAGUCAGUAUCCUCACAGAAUGAAGUUCUAAUUCAGAAAUGUUGACAGAAUUCGAAAAUAAAUUUUUUAAAACUCAA